AUGGAUUAUAAUAUACAAAUGGUCCAAGUAUGCACAAAUGAUGAGAUCCUUAUUUAAUGCAAUGACAUGAUUCUAAGUUCAGAUGGAUUUUAUCCACCUUUCAUUAAAUUGAAGUUCAUCAAAAAAAUAUUCUUAGAUCCUAAUUGUAAAUAGAAAAUAUGAUUUUUCAUAUAUUUCCAGUUUAAUUUGAUAAUGAUGAUAUUCAAAUAGUCAACCAAUAGGAAAUUAUCCAGUACUCACAAGAUAUAGUAAUACAACUAGCUAAAUCUAAUAAAUUUAUUUGUGUUAUUGUGCAUAAUGACAAAUAUAUACUCUCUUUAACCAAUGUAAUCGAUAGAACAACACUAUUCAGAAUAUAACCUUGUUACAAAUCAUAAAUUUAAGUAAUUGAUUGUUUAAUAUUAAAGAAUUCGAAUAAGGUUUCUUUUGAUGAUGAUAUAUUUUUGAUGUAUUCUCCUGAAAAUAUUACAUUGUAAAAUUUCGAAUAAUAAUCAGAUUUAUAUGUAAAUAUUAAUGAAAAUAUGCAAUAAACUUCUGAUUUUAUUGUCUAAACGAUAAAGUAGACAACAUUCAAAUUUAAAAAACAUUUUAAAGAAAGUUAACCUAUUUCUUAUUGUUAUGGAAGUCUAAUUAAAAUAAAAUAAAUCGAAAAAGAUUCAUAUCUAGAAUUAACUACUUUUGAAAAUAUUUAAUAAAAUCCUCAUAACAAUAAUUUACAUAUGACAGAUGUGUAGACUCAAUAUUAGCGCAUCUAUUCUAAAAAUAGAACUGUUUGUUGGAGAUCUGGUGAAAGAAAUUAAUAACAUAUAGAUUUAUUAAUCUAUGAUAUAUGGAGAUUAUAUCAUCCUUAAAAAAUCAAUACUUAGAUUUAAUAAGGAGAUUAAUUUUAUUUAUAAAGUUUAUCUGGCAAUUUUUUUUUGAAUGGUGAUUAAAUUUGUUAAAAUUAUUAAGAUGCUUCGUUCUUUUAAUUCUUAGAAGAAGAAUCUAGUAAUAGUAAAUUAUUUUAUAUUGUUUUGAAUGAUCAAUAUUUAAGUUAUAAGAUUGUGAAUGAAAAUAAUUUUAAUUAAAUUUAAGAGAAAUUAUAGGUUGAAUAUAAAAGUAAAAAAUCAAAAUUAGAUUUAUUACAAUUUGAUCUAAUUUCUAAUGUAAACUUCAUUCAUUAAAAUUGGUUAGAUAACAUUGUUUAAUUAAUUUAUUAAAUAAAUCUUAAAUAUUCAUUACAUUAUGAUGAUAUAAACUUAUUUAUUAAAAAUUAAUCAAUAAGUGAUGCAAAAUUUGAUGAACUCUUCUUUUAAUUGUAAUAAUUGGAAAUUGCACUAAAUGAUUUGACAAUUUUUUGUGUUGCUGAUGAAGAAAAGCCUAAAAUAAUUGAUAAAAAUGCAAUAUAUUAUUUAAAAAUGAAUUAAUAUAAUUAGGAUUUACUAAGAAAAAAAGUUAUUAUUUAAUCACUUAUUGACUUUAUUGAAAUAGUAAAGUGGUCCUAUGAAUAUACUUAGAUAAUCGAUUAAAAUAAAUUUGAAUCUAAUAAUGAUAUACCAAUUUAAGACCAAAAUAUAUAAUUCUUAUUAUAAUUAAAUACUUUACUAAACUAAAUUUUUCUUUUUUUUGAAGCUUUUAGUUCUAACAAUGAUUAUAAUAGUUAAAUGAUAUUUUUAGCUUAUUUUAAAUUAAAAUAAUAUUUAGGAUAUAAUAUUGGAGCAUUUUAUUGUUUAAUUCGAUUAUUUGAGAAUAAUUCAAAUUUGAUACCUGUUGCAGGUAUUAUGCCAUUUAUAGGAGAAUCUGAAAAGGAGUUUGAUAUUUCUUUAAUUAAAAGAUCUACAAGAAUUAAUACUAUUUUAACCAAAUAACAAAAUUAAAUAAAAUCUUAAACUUUAAUUGAUGAAAUUUUUGAAAGAGCAAAUUAUUGUCUUUAAAUACUUAAGAAAAGGUUUUGGGGUAAUAUUAUGAAAAUAUUAAGUGUUUUAUGUUUGUAAAAUGAUAAAGCAUGUUUUAAUAAUUAAAUAAAUAUAGGUAAGCAUAUAAUUUAAGGUCCAAAAAUAUUAUUAUAAUUUGUUAUUAAAGAUAAUAAUCUACUUUAUGUUUAAAUAGAUGAAAAUUUAUAUGAAUUUAAUGAAAUUUAUGUAUAGAGUAGUAAAGCUAAUAAAGACUUUAUGAAAGAUAUUAUUGAAUGUAAGAACUUCUUAGAUUCUCAAUUGAAUCUUAUAGGAUUACUUUGUUAAGAAAGAAAUUACGAAAAUAUUUAGUUUUAUAGAACUAAAUUACCAUAAAAAACUUUGAUCAAUUAUAUUAGUUAUUCUGGAAAUGCUGAAUCAUUAAGAUGUAGAUUAAUUAUAAUUUUAAUGAAUUUAUAUGUUGAUUGUUACCCUUAUUAACCUAAGCAAAUUCCUAAAUAAAUAUUUAAUUUAAACAAAAUAUACGGUUCUCAACAACAAUAAUAACUGAAUGGUUUUAAUUUAGAAUAAUCAUAAUUAGAAAUGUAAGAUUAUUAGAAAAAAUCUCUUCAUAAAUAAUUAACAAGAUAAUUUACUAUGAAUGAUACAAAAGCUAUAGAAAAAUUAUUAACUAUUACUUAAGAAUUGGUUAAAUUAAAUUUGAUUUAAUAAAAUUAAAUUAAUCUUAGUCUUAGUGUUUGUAAAAUUUUACAAAUGUUUUACAAAUUAUAUACUUUCAAUCUUCCAUAAAAUAAGGAAUUUCAUGAAAAAUAUUUUGAUGUUAAUUUGUUAAUAUAAGCUUAUACCUUAUUACCUUAAUCAUUAGAAUAAAUUUAACCUUUAUAAGAAUAAGUUUAAUAAUUUUAGCAAUUUUAAGAAUAGAAGGAAAUUUUUAAUUAAAUGGCAGUCAUAUUAAUUGAUUUUUUGCUACUUUAUUUUUAGUAAACUGAAACUAAAAUUUUAGUUUAAACUAUUAAAAUAUCUUAAUUAUUUGAAAACCUAGACUUUUCUUAAUAAUACAAUUAUUCACGCUAUGAUAAAAUUAAAGAAAAUACAUUUCUUUUACUUAAGCAUAAAUAAGCUUAAAGUGAAACAUAAUUAAAAGCUUUUACUUUAAUGGAAUCUUUAUAUUAACCAAAAAGAAAUAUUAUUAAACGUUUAUAAAAAUGUUUGUUUUUGGAAAAUUAGGAUGAUGUGUCCCAUUACUAAUUUAUAAAAUAAAUGAUUUUAUAAUUAAAAGAGUUAGAAAGUGCUGAUGAAAAAUAAUAAUUAUAUUAAAGUUGUAUUAAUUCUUUAAUAAAUUUGAAUCAACUGCUAAAAAAGUCAGAUAACUUAUUAUUAUUUUAAAAAAUUUUGAGAAUUUUGAACAUAGAUUUUAUUUUAUUGGAUUUUCUAGAAAGUUAUUAGUAAAUUUGUUAAUUGAUUUCUUAAAAAUUUAUUAAGAGCAAUAAUGAUAAUAGAUAUGUUUUAGAAAUUAAUAAUGAAGAGGAAUCAAUUCUAUAAUUUUGUACAUAAGCAUUCAUUGUUUUAAAAUAUUAAUGUUAAGGAAAUAAUUGUAAUAAAUAAAGAAUACUUAGUAAAUUUAAUUAAUUUGAUGAAUUUUUAAAAUGUAUAGAUAUAGGAUAAUAUGAUUUACUUUAAGAAAUUUAUUGUGAAUCAUAUGAAAAUAUUGAAUCAGCUAGUAGUAGGAUAAUUUAUUUACUAUUAGAUAAUUUAAAUUUAGGAUCUUUAAAAGUUUUAGAAUCUUUAGUUAUUUAAUAGAAUAUAUCAAGUAGCAAAAAUAUAUUUGAAAUCAUAUAGUAAUUAUAAAAUACAAAAAAAUUUAAAUUGUAAAUGGGAUUUUUAGAUCAUCCUCUUGAAACAAUUUUGUAAUAAAAUAAAUUUUAAACAUUUUAAAAAUAAUUUUUAAUUGGAAAUCUUCCUUACAUUUUUUAGAUUUAAGGAAUUUAAUUUAUAUUGUAUAUACUCAAACAUUCUAGUUCUCAAGGAUGUAAAGUAAUUGCUGAUGCAUUUCCUUUGUAAUAAAUAAUUAAAAACUGUAUUUAAUUAAAGGAUAUAUUUAAGCCUAAUUUUGAAGAUUUAAAUAUAGCUAUAUUAAAUACAAUUUUAAAGUCAUAUUUAAUUAAAUUAUUUAAUGUACUUAUAAAUUAUAAGGAAAUUAUUAAAUAUGAUGAUGAAAUUUAAUAAACAAUAGUAUAAUUUAUAGAUAAGGAAACAAAGAUUUUAUAAAGCAAAAUAGUAGUUUUAGAUCAAUAAAUGAAAUCAACAAAUGAUACAUAAAAAAAAUAUGAUUACAUUAAUAUAAAUUUUAAUUUUAAAGUACAAAAAUAGAAUUAAAAACAAAGUUAAUAAUAAUUAUUUUAAUAGAUAUAAUCAGGAUCAGAGAAUGAAAGUGAUAAUGAUAAAAAAGAAGAAGAUUAAACAUCUGAAUGUUUAAAACAGAUGGCAUGCUAUUAAUUAUAAUAUAGUUUUGAUUGUCUGUAUUUUAAUAAUUAUGCGAUGUUAUUACUUGAUGUUUUUCUUAAUUUAGCCUAAUUAAUAUAAGAAUAAAUAGAAUGUUUAGAAGAAUCAUAAUAAAAAUCUGUAGGUCGAGCUUCAUCAAGUUUGGCAAGAUAAAUGAGUUUAUCGUAAGCUUUUGCAGAAAAUGUUGCCAAUGAUAUGAAUCAAAGUGUAAAAUUAAAACCUUUUCAUAAUUUGAAGACUAAAGUUGAUCUAUUUUUAAAAUAAAUAGAAGAAUAUUUAAAAUUAAAUUUAACUAAAUGGGAAAUAAUAUAAAAUGGUCAUUUUUUAAUAGAUAAAUCAUAAUAAUUGAAAAUACUUUUUUUAAGGAAAUUAGAAUUUUAGAAUUGUAAUCUUGAUUUAAUAGAAUAAAAGAAAAAAGAUUAUGUAGUAGAUUAAUACUGUUCACCAAUUUAUUGUCAUGAUAAUAGAAUACAUGAAUUAGUAUUGUUAAAAAAUAAAUCUGAAAAUUAAUUUAUAGGAAAAUAAAUUAAUAGUUUUUUUAUUACUGAACGUAUAUUAGCUACUGAAAAUUUUGAUAUGUACUUAUAAAUCUAUAGAUAAUAAUUAUUCAUUAAUGAAGAUUUUGAAAUAAUAAGUCAAAAUCUCUCUAAAACUAUUAUACCAUUAAUUAAUUGUUUUUAGUCAAGUAUGAAUAAUUUAAAUAAGAAUUAUAAGUUUGUUAAGAAAAUAUUAAAGUUUUUAUGGCACAUGUUAGAUUUACAUACUUAUAUUAGAGAAGAUUACAAUUAAACAAUUAAGAUUUAUGAAAUGAAUAAAAAGGGGAAAUAUCAUUCGAAAAGUGAAUAGAUACUUUAAAUUAAAGCUAUUAAGGAUUUUUAAAAUUUACUUGUGAAUUAAGGUUUCUUUGAAAUCUAUUUGUAAUUUUGUAAUUAAUAUGAUAAAAUAAAAAUUAUAUAAUAAUCAGAAUUACUUAUAGUAAAUAAGAAAAAGAAGGAAAAGUUAUUAUAUUAAUUUAUGUUAACAUCAAUGAGAUUGGUUAGAGGAAUAGAAUCUGCUAAUUAAUUUGCUUAAUAAAAAUUAAUGCAAGAAAUUUUGAAAACUAAAAGUAAUUAUAUGUUAAAAAUAUUUUCAAAUAUUUUUGAGAGACAUUAAUAAUAAGAUGAAGUAUUGAAAUUAAGAUUCUUAAUGUAACAUGAUAUAAAUAGAGUAUAUUUUGCAUAUGAAUACAAUGAAGUUCAUAGAUUAGAGUAAAAAAAGAAUGCAAUGAAAUUAGGAAUAUUGUAAGUGUAAAUGAAAUUAAUUUAAUUAUUAGCUGAAGAUCAUUUUAGACCUUUCUAAGAUUUUUUUAGAGAAUAAAUAGGAUUUGCUUAGAACUAUGAUAUUAUUUAACAUCUGAUGAAUAUAUUAUUGAAUUUUUUCAAUUAAGAAUCUUUUUAUGCUUUAAGUUAGGAUGAUUAUAUUUUAAUUUUAAACUGUUUUGAUUGCCUUAAAGAAUAUAUUUAAGGACCUUGUCCUCAAAAUUAAGAGAAGUUAUGUUAAGCAUAAUUUUUAAGAUUAUGUGGUAAAUUAUUAGGAUUUGAUGAUUCUUAAAUAAAAUUUUUAAGUCUUUACUAAAGAUUUAGUAAAAUUGAUUAAGCUUUAUUAAUUUAAGAAAAAGAGAGAUCAAGAUUAUAAACAUAAGAAUAAGCUAGAAAAACAAAUAAUAUAUAGGAUAAGACAACUAUUUAAUAAUAGAUUAUUUAAUAUUAUAUAUAAGCACCUAUUUAUUGUAAAUAGUUAGUAACUUCAUUUAGAAAAAGCAAUUCGCUUAAUUAUAAAUUAUUUAUGCUUUCUGAAAUAAAAUAUAGAUGUGCAACGACAUUAGAAUCAUUAACUGAUAAUGAAUAAAAUGAAUCAGAUAUUUUAAAGAGGAUUUCAAUGAUUAUAAAUGAGAAGAUACUUAUUCGAAAUAUUACAAUAUAAUAUGAAAAAUAUAAAAUUAUACAUGGAUCUGGUAAGAAUUAUACUAAUUUGGUAUUUUCUCAUUUAUUAGGUGAAGAUUCAAAAAUAAUUGAAUAGGAGAAGGAAAGAAAGAAAAAUAAAUAAAGAAAAAAAGUAUAAAUAAAGGAUAGCAAUAAUUAUUGGUAUUAAGUAGAAUAGGAAGUAACAAUGGAGUUAGCAGUAAAAGAUUUUUGGGAUUCUUUUAUUAUAGAGACAGGAUUUUCUUUAUUUAAUCUUUUAGCUUAAGUAUAUUAGAUGAAAGAUUAAGAUGUUUUGGAAAGAAUUUAUGAAUAAAUAGAUAAUACAAAGAAAUAGAAAAAGAAAUAUAAAUCUAUAAUAUUUUAUAAUCUUUACAAAGCAAUAUUUUCAGCAUCAUAAUUAACAAAGUAAAUUAAAAAUAUAAUAUAAAUAGAAAUAUUAGAGAAUUAUAAGAAAGUACAUAAUUAAGUGAUAAAGUGUUUAAUCCAUAUAAAUUAAAGAAAGCAUCAGGAGAAUAAGAAGCUUAAUAGAAGAAAUUAGGUUAUAGAGCUUUAAGGUUUUUUGCAACUAGAACAGGAUCUAUAGAGAUAUUAUUACCAUCAAAAUUAUUGAAAAAAAUAAUGUUUCCACUUGUUCCUCAUUGUUUUGCUCUUAAUAAUGAAAUUAAAGAGAAGUUUGCUUCUGAUAUUGAUAGAUUAUCACAAUAAAGGAAAGUGGAAUCAGUUUUAUCAAAUUCAUCUCAUAUAAUUUAGAAAUUAAAAACAGAGUAUAAAUUUUAAACUUUAUACAAAAAGAAUUUUAUAAUAAAUUUAUUGGCAAGCAAUUAAAAACUUUGGAAAUAAAUAAUAUUUUUAGUAAUUGUGUUAGAGAAUUUAAUGAUAUUAUUUUCAAGUGAUUCAAAUUUAGAAAAAGUAUUUGGAGAUAUUUUAUUUGGAUUAACAAUAACAUAAAUAAUAUUAUAAUUUUUAUGUUUUUUUAUAUUUAUAGUAAAGAAGUUACCUUACUUAAAGAUAAAAUCUUAAGAAAUAGUAUUUGAGAAAUAAAUAAAUAGGAUUAGAUAGAGAGAAAUAAAAUAUAAAUAUUUAGAUAAUUCAUAAAGUAUAGUACUUCAAGAAGAUUUUGUAUUAGAAAAGACAGAUUCUUUUUUAUUGGAGUAAAAUAAAUGGAGAAGACUUUAUUAUAAUAUAACAGAUGCUUUAACAUUAUAUAAAUGUAUUUUAUUAGAUUAUGAAAUGAUUUACUUUUUGAUUUUUACAACUUUAGCUUUUAUUGGAUUAUACAUAAAUAUAGUAUUGGCAUUAUUAUUAUUGGAUGUAUUUUGGAGAUUCCCAACAUUGACAUCAAUAGUGAAUGUAAUUAUAAUUAUUUAAUAUAUUUAGGCAAUUUGGAGACCUAGUGGAUCAAUAUUAUUAGUAUUGUCAUUAUAUAUAAUAAUGCAAUAUUAUUAUUCUUUGAUUGUUUAUCAUUAUUAUGCUGAUUAAUAUACACCUUAUUGUGAAAAUUUAUUAUAGUGUUUUUCAUUUAUAUUGGAUGUUACAUUUAAAACAGAUGGUGGAUCUGUUGGUUUUGUAUCAUCAAGUGAUAUUUAUGCUGAUGAAAAUUAUAGAUAUAGUAUUCUUAAUUUUUGGGAAUUUAUUUAUGUGUUUGUAGUAAUCAGUUUAUUAUAUUCAAUAAUUACUGGUAUCAUAAUAGAUUCUUUUGGAGUUUUAAGAGAUGAAGCAGAAGAAUUAGAUAAUGACAUAAAAGGAUUUUGUUUAAUUUGUGGAAUUGAUAGAGGAACUUUGGAAAAGAAAGCUAAACAUAAAAAAGGAUUUAGAUUUCAUGUUAAAUAUGAACAUUGUGUAUGGAAUUAUAUAUUUUAUAUUUCAUAUUUGGAGGAUAAAAAGAAAUCAGAUUAUAAUGGAAUAGAGAGUUAAGUUGAUUCUGAUUUGAAAAGAGAAAGCAUUAAUUGGUUUCCUAUCAAUAAAUCAUUAUCUAUACCAGAUGAAGAGGAAGAAUAGGAAGUAAUUAUAUAUAUUUGAUGAUUAAUUAGGAAUUGUCUAAUUUAAAAUAGAUUAUAGAUGAUAAAUUAAUAGAAAUUGGUAAUAAAAUUGAUUAGCUAAAAAGUUGA